AUGGCGGUCCCACCCGCCCAGCAGCAGAGCGGCGGUGAAUCUAAUCAGCAGUCUGGUACAGGUACUCUGUCGGACCUCGUGAAGGACAUGGUGAAGGAGAUGGAUGGGGACGACUUCUACUCGACCACGACGGACUUGUAUGAUGAGUCUGCAGAGGAGCACUGGUUCAACAUCGACAUCACCCUUGAGCCCGACGGCGAGGGCCUAGCCGCCGGCGAAGAUCCGCCGCCGCCCGUCCAUGCGGCAUCUCUACGCAAGCCAUGGUCGGAGUUCCAGCGGCUGCACUACCUCCUCCUCGCCGAUGAGUUCGGCUGCGACGAGGUCUUCAGCGGUUUCCUAGAAGAGCACAGCCGGCGCCGCCACCGCGGCGCAAACAAGGAGGACGAGGAGAAGGAGAGCGGCGGCGAUGGUUCGGCGGGGGCUUGCAGCACUGGCGAGGAAGCGCGGAAGAGCCCCGAAACAGCGAUCGAUUUCCUGCUGCAGCCGUUCGAGUACGGCAGGGCGUACGUGCCGCGGCGGGCGGAGCACACGGAGAGCAUCGACGUUCUCCGCGGCGAGAGCGUGGUGUGGAAGUUCGAGGUGCUGGACCACCUAGACAUCGACUUCUCGGUCACGUUUCGACCCCACCCGCUGGCCUCUUCCUCCCGCCGGCCGCUCGAGGCGGACGAAGACGGCGGCCGGCCAUCGACAGCGGAAGAACAAGAAGAAGAAGACCGCGGCGUUCUCGACGCUGGAGUGGGCUUGGCGAGUAGUCCGGGCCCCAGAGGCGUCGGCAACGGGGGUGUAGCUGCGUCAUCGGCGAACGGCGACAGCAGUGGCACCGAGGCCGGGAGGAAGCGUUCGAGAUGGUGGGGCAGAAGCGGCGGCUGCGAAGGUGCGGCGGGGGAUGCAGAUGGUGGGACUGGAGGGGGGGCCGUGAGCGCGCCGAAGGGUGAGACCGUGCACCUGCCGACGAGGUACUCUACCGGGGGGGGCGAUCCGGUGCAAGGGAGCUUCAGCUGCCCCGCGGCCGGGACGUGCAUUUUGCGGUGGGACAACGCCUUCAGUCGAUUACGCGGGAAGCGACUUUGCUUCGUGUUUGAGUCUGUCACCGUGCAGACGAUGCAGGCGGCCAUCGAGGCCGCGGGCGCGGCCGAUCACAAGAGGCGCGCCGCGCGCAGUGCGGCGGCGCAGACCAUCCUGGACAGCGGGCGCGGCGAGGUCAAGGUCUGCGUGACGGCGGUCGGGGCCGCAGAUGACUAUGGCGGCGACGAAGAAGACGUGAAAGAAGUCGGUGCAGCUUUUUUGGCGUUAGUGCCAAGAAACGUCAUGAACCUGCCUUCUUUCCACACGGUCGAGAGACUCGAACGAAGCCUCGAGGAGACGCGGGAGGACCUCUCGACGGUUCGCAAGACCCUGCGCGAGACCGAGACCGCUAGGGACGAGGCGGCGGCGGCCGCGGCGGAGGCAAGCGCCGGGCUGCAGACGUCCGAGGAGCAGCUUCUUCGCGCGAGACGGCAGCACGACCUCCUGCAGGCCGAGCGGAGCGUGUGGCACGUCGCUCGGAGCGGCAUCCAAGAGGAGCUGGCGAAGGUUGUAGCCGAACUGGAGCAAGAGCGACAUCGCCACGAGGACACGAGCCGCGCCCUCGCCAAGUCCCACGAAUCCCGCGCGCACGCGGAGGCGGAGGCGGCGCGCCUGUCCCGCCGGCUGGAGGAGGAGCGCGGGGGCGCCGGGGGCGCCCGGGAGGACCUCGCUUCCGAGCUACGCUGA